GGGCUCCCGGGCGCUGGGGACGCUGGGCGGUUGGUUUCAGGCCGCAUCGGGACCUAGACCCGGCAGAGCACUGUGGGAUUUGGAGGGAGUUGUUGGCACCGUGUGGAAGAUGAUGAUUCUGCUGGUCUUGCUGAUGCUCAACCCCUGUGAUGGGCUGUUUCGCUCCGUAUACAGAAGUGGCCUGGUUUCCACGCCAUUGCAAGGAGAUACAGGACGGCCAUUGUUUCUUACCCCUUAUAUUAAAGCUGGGAAAAUCAAAGAAGGGAAAGAACGGAGUAUGGUCAGCCCUCUCCCGGGAGUGAGCAUUAAGAGCUACGCCGGCUACAUCACUGUGAAUGAGACGUACAACAGCAACCUCUUCUUCUGGUUCUUCCCGGCUCAGAUACAACCAAUGGAUGCCCCCGUGGUUCUCUGGCUCCAGGGCGGGCCAGGAGGUUCAUCCAUGUUUGGGCUCUUUGUGGAAAAUGGACCUUAUGUUGUCACCAAGAACCUGACCCUGAACAUCCGAGACUUUCCAUGGACCACCACACUUUCCAUGCUGUACAUUGAUAACCCAGUGGGCACAGGCUUCAGUUUUACUGAUGAUCCCCAAGGGUAUGCGACCAAUGAGGAUGAUGUGGCACGAAAUCUCUACAGUGCCCUAAUUCAAUUUUUCCAGUUGUUUCCUGAAUAUAAAGACAAUGAUUUUUAUGCCACGGGGGAGUCUUAUGCAGGGAAAUACGUGCCUGCCAUUGCACACUACAUCCACACCUUCAACCCCACGCAGGAGCAGAAGAUCAACCUGAAAGGAAUCGCUCUUGGAGAUGCGUAUUCCGAUCCUGAGUCGAUUAUAGGGGGCUAUGCGACAUUCCUGUACCAGAUCGGCUUGCUGGAUGAGAACCAGAAAAAGUACUUCCAGAAGCAGUGCGAUGAGUGCAUAAAACACAUCAAGAAGCAGAACUGGCUUAAGGCCUUUGAAGUAUUGGAUAAUCUUCUAGAUGGCGACUUAACGAGUGAUCCUUCUUAUUUCCAGAAUGUUACAGGAUGCGUUAACUACUAUAACUUUUUACAGUGCACGGACCCCGAGGACCAAGUUUACUAUGGGAAAUUUUUGUCGCUCCCAGAAGUGAGACAAGCCAUCCAUGUGGGAAACCACACUUUUAACGAUGGAUCUGAAGUGGAAAAGUACUUGCGAGAAGACACAGUACAGUCGGUAAAACCAUGGUUAACUGAGAUCAUGAAUAACUAUAAGGUGUUGAUCUACAAUGGCCAACUGGAUAUUAUUGUGGCAGGGCCCCCCCCAGAGCGCUCCUUGAUGGCCAUGGACUGGAAAGGGUCCCAGAAAUACAGGAAGGUGGAAAGAAAAGUUUGGAAGAUCUUUAAAUCAGAUCUUGAAGUGGCUGGUUAUGUACGGCAAGUGGAUGAUUUCUAUCAGGUGAUUGUUCGAGGUGGAGGACACAUUUUACCCUAUGACCAGCCUAUGAGAUCUUUCGAUAUGAUUAAUCGAUUCAUUUUUGAAAGAGGAUGGGACCCUUAUAACUGAGAAACUAUUUUUCUAUCAGAAAACAUCAAGAGUUUUUAUCUUUGAAAAGAAGAUUUUAAAAAUUAAGAAUGUCAUAUAAGUAAAAAAAAAAUGCCUUUUAUAUCUACAAAAUUUUCUCAUCAAUAAAAAUCAAUUGUCUUUGAACAAUU